UUGAGGAAACAUCCAGCUGCUUGAUGCAGGAUGAUUGGGCAAAACCACCAGCUGUAGUGUGGAAGUUUUGACUGCAGAUGCCUGGAGGUGGGGGGAGGGAUGCUGGAGUUGGCCACUUUUGGCAGGGAAACCUGUGAAAAAUGAAGGUGGAAGUGCUGACUUGCCUGGCUCUGACUGCAGCCAGCUUUGUUGCCAUAGUGACUGGCGGUCGCAGUUCUGGCCGUAGGAAGCACAAGGAGGUCUUCCUUGGGGAGAACAGCAAGUUCAAGUUUGGAGGACGAAUCGACUACAAGCUGAAGAGGCAGGACAGCACCAAAACACUGCUAAUAAAAAGUGAACAACUGCUGAGGAUCGAGGAGCACGACUUUGCUAUGAGACCAGGCUUUGGAGGUGCAGCUAUCCCUGUGGGCAUCGAUGUGCAGGUGGAGAGCAUCGACAGCAUCUCAGAGGUCAACAUGGACUUCACCAUGACUCUGUACCUGCGACACUACUGGAAAGACGAACGGCUGUCAUUUCCGUCUCAAAACAACCAGAGCCGGACGUUUGACUCUCGACUAGUGAAGAAGAUCUGGGUUCCUGACGUCUUCUUUGUCCAUUCCAAACGCUCCUUCAUCCAUGACACCACCAUGGAGAACAUCAUGCUGCGUGUUUACCCCGAUGGAAACAUCCUCUACAGCGUCAGGGUCACCGUGACCGCUCUCUGCUCGAUGGACUUCAGCAGCUUUCCUUUGGACACACAGAAUUGCUCACUGGAGCUGGAGAGCUAUGCUUAUAAUGAAAACGACCUGAUGCUUUACUGGAAAAACGGGAACGACUCUCUGAGGACAGAUGAGAUUGUCUUGUCUCAGUUCUUCAUUGAGCAUUUCCAUGCCUCCAGUGGCCUGGCUUUCUACAGCAGCACCGGUUGGUACAAUCGUCUCUUCAUAAACUUCAUUCUGCAGCGGCACAUCUUCUUCUUCAUGCUGCAGACGUACUUCCCUACGAUGCUAAUGGUCGUCCUCUCAUGGGUUUCGUUUUGGAUUGACAGGAGGGCUGUUCCUGCUCGAGUGUCUCUGGGUAUAACCACAGUGCUCACCAUGUCCACCAUCAUCACCGGGGUGUCCUCCUCCAUGCCUCAGGUGUCCUAUGUGAAAGCAGUAGACAUCUACCUGUGGACCAGCUUCCUGUUUGUCUUCCUGUCUGUCAUCGAAUAUGCAGCCGUGAACUACUGCACCACUCUGGAGGAGAUGAGAAAGAUGAAGCGGGGGAAGAUCCCCUCCACCUUUAACGCCAGCCAGGCGAUGGCCUUUGACGGCUGUUUCCACGACAAUGACAUUGAGCUGACCACUUUCUCUCAGAUGGCACCCGCACUGACCACUGACCCUCUGACCACACCAACCCAGAACCCAGACAUCCGCCCCAUGGAGGGGACUCGCCUACGGCGACAGCGCUCGGUGCGUGAAAAUGUGGACCUACUGGUCAACAACAGCUACAUGAUAGACUCGUACUCACGGCUGGCCUUUCCUCUGUCCUACCUGCUCUUUAACACCAUCUACUGGAGCUUGUACUCCUGAUCCAGAACCACACACUGUCCCAAGACUUUGCGCAAAUUGCUGAUGCAAAGUAGGCUGCAGGAUGCCAAGACUCAGCUUCAUCGCUGAUCAGACUGUUUUCAGAAAGGAUUGAGAUUAAAACAGUUGUGCUGGAACUCUUCUUAUUUCAGACUAUACUAUUUUCUUUAUGGUCAUUUAAUUUGUCUUCCUGUAAGUCUUAUGCACAAGGCUUUCAUUUCUGAGAUCUCUAUCUUUGAGAAAAUGCAUUUUCUUUAUUAAACCAUCCUACUUUUACAUGAUG